UAUAUUUACAUAUAUGUGUUUUAUUUCUUUACAAAUUCCAUAUUUAACUUAAUUACCAAGAUGACCCAAUCAAGGGAAGAAGUUUGUGAUGGAGUACGAAGCAAAUACGAAGAUCUUUGCAGAGAACUUAAUAUGGAUAGAGAAACAGAGGAAUUAUCGUGGAAUAAAUACACUGAGAUAUCACAAAACUUCUCUUUAGAUGUAUGGAAAGGUGAUCCUUUGCACUGGUUUUGCUGUGCCUUGUACGCAGCUUGUCGAGGUUCGUAUACUCCCACCGUAGGUGGUACUAAUGAUGUUGUCUUGGGCAAUUGUAUUUCAGUUAUUAAACUUCUAAGAAGUUGCAACAUGAGUAUAUAUGAAUUUACAUCUAAAAUGCGAAAAUGGCAUGAAAUGGCUAAACUACCAGAAUCAUUCCUAAACCAAAUUAACAAAAUGGAGCGUAGUUAUAGCAUCACAUCAAAUGUUUUUAAGCGUUACGGAGACAUAUUCGAACAACUUUUUAUGGUACCACCAAAUGAAAAGAAAAACUAUAAAUUUAGGUCUGCCAAAUGUCCAUACAGUAAACUGUUUGAAAUAUGUUGGUGUCUAUAUUUAUGCACUAAAAAUCAAAAUCCGGUUCGCCAAGUGACCGAUAUUGUAAUGUCUUUUCAUUUGCUAAUUUGCUGCAUCGACUUAAUAUAUAGAAACGUUCUGGUCGAAAAUCGUAUAGAUAUUAUUAAUCCAAAGUUCAUGGGUGUGCCGGAUAAGUGGGGUAAAUCCGAUUUCAAUGCUAACAUCCUUAGCAAUUACUGCAUAAUUGAGCAUUUAUGUAGCAUGACAGAUGCAUCUCCGGCCGACGCAAAAAAUAUGAAAGAGACGUUCAAAAGAAUUGUAAAAAUGUUCCUUGAUGCCAAUACAUUGUACGGUAAUGAUGAAAACUUUUUGGGUUUAGUUUCAAAUGCGAAUUUUGAACGUAAUCUCAGAUCUCUAAAAGGUGCCUACGAGUUAUAUGUUCUCAACAUGGCCGAGUUAGACGAACGCAUAUUAUUAGAUUAUCGUAAAAUAAAUAAUUCAUAUGAAUCCAUUGGAAUGAAAAUUGACAUACAGCCUGAUAUUAAGUCAAUGAUGCCGAAUACACCGUACACACGCAAAGAAAGUUUGCCUAGCCGAGAUGGUAUAUACGAUCCGGUAGCAAAUGCUACGAAUAAUGUCAAAAAAUUACGGGAAAUAGCCAGCAUAACAGAACCUUCAGAUUUCAUAAAGCAAGUUGCCGGCAAAGAGGUUUUAAAUAAAAUUGAGGACCAGUUGGUAUUCAUGUCCAAAUUAUUUUACAAUAAGUUUCCAAACAAGGAAGAAGCACCUAAUAAAUUUCAGCUGGCCAAAUCGCUCUACCAUUAUUUACUGGACAAAAUUCUGCAUUUUGAAGUUAAAAUUAGACCGAUCGAUCUCAGUAGUUUGUUUCAAAAGGACACAUUUAAUACGACCUUAAUUGCCUGCAGUAUUGAGAUUGUACUUGACGCGUAUGAUUCCCCUUUGAAAUUCCCGUGGAUUUUGGAGUGUUUCAGUAUAAGCGCCUUUGAGUUCCAUAAACUCAUCGAAAUAAUAGUGCGCAGUCACGAAGGGAUACUUAAUAGAGAAUUAAUAAAACAUCUAAAUCUAAUUGAAGAAACUUGCCUAGAAUCGUUGGUAUGGCAAAAAUGUUCUCCGGUGUGGGAACUGAUAAAAAAGGAACAUGCAACAUUGCCUACUUGGUGCGAAGUAAAAGUAGGACACGUCGAUAACAAUGAAUUACAAUUGCAGUCGCCAAUGCAUUCGGCGUAUGAGACUUUUAAUAGCAGCUCCAUAGCCAAUGUUAGUGAUUCCGUACGAAAAAAUCUCUUUAACAUUUCAAAAGAGACCCUUGGAGCAGAAAAUCGCAAUCAAGACAGCCUCAAACAAGUCAAUAAAGCGCAAAUCAACAAACGAUCGCGACCUCUGAAACUUUUUCUGAGAAAGUUUUACCAGCUAGCCUGGCUCCGUAUUAAAGAGCUGUGUAGAGAAUUAGAUCUGCACGAUGAAGUAGUAUUAAAGAAAAUUUGGACGCUAUUCGAGUAUUCGAUAACACAGAAAACUGAACUCAUGAGGGAUCGGCAUCUUGAUCAAAUAUUCAUGUGUGCAAUAUAUUUAUACAUAAAGGUUGGAGAAGUUAGUGGAAAGCUGUUUAGAGAUAUUAUGAAAUUUUACAGAAAACAGCCACAAGCUGCUAGUAGCAUAUACAGAGAGGUGCUCAUAAAAACUAAAGAAUUUGCAAAUGCCAUCGGGGAAAUAAAAGUUACUGCUGUCUAUGGUGAUAUUAUUAAAUUUUAUAAUGAGAUUUAUAUGCAGGAAAUGACCCCUUAUGCUUGGAAUUUUAGUGAAAAACAAAAACUGGAUUGUGAUUUAUUGCUGUCACCCCACCCGAGUGAGAAGCCAUCUAUACCUCGUCAAUUGUCAAGUAAUCACUUCUUGUACGUGCAUUCCAUGGACAAAAAUGAAAAUGAAAAAUAUAUUCAAUCCCCAAAUCAGCUGACCUAUGAGUUUUGCCGCAGUCCCGGAAAGGACUUGGAGAAGUUGAACGCGAUUAUAAGCAAAGGAAAACGUACUUUGCCAUUUGAUACGAUGGAAACUUGUUCCGAUUCGACUUCAAAAAAGGGCAGAGGACUUGUUGGUGACGCUUUAUUACAGAUUAUCAAAGACAGGCAAGAAGAACGUAACUAAAGAACAGUUGGUUUUCAGUACAAUGCUUAAUGCACAAUUUCUGUGAAUAAUAGCGAUAUAACCUAUUUUCCUAAUAAUGGAUAUUUCUAACAGGAAUGAAGUCUUGAAUAGUUAGGACAUGCUGAGGAAUAAAAUUGACAAAAAGUAAAGAUUAAUAGCAUAGACAACUAAUAACAAAAUGGUAUUCACCAAAGCCAUGAAACAUAGCAACGAAAUAUAUAAUUUGAAUAUAUUCUUCGUAUUUUUAGAAACCUUGUAUGUUAUAUAAAAUAUAUCUUACAAACAAACACGAAGUUGCUUUCGUCUAUGUUUCAAGUGCUGCUUUAUUUCAAAAGAAAAUUGUAUCUACAUAAACAGUUGCUCCGAUACUAGCUAUUCGAUAAUCGUAAAUAUCAUUAAUGAGUUUGUACAUAUCCACACUUAGCUGAUAUAUAGUUAUUAGACAGUGCUUUUAAUAAAUUCAAUUUAAUAAAUAAUUCAAAAUAAAUUACUAGAAACUUAUGAUUCAAAUCAAAUACUUUUUAAUAUUUGUUAAAAUCUUCACAAGUUUUUAAUUUGUCAUCAUGACUCCUUAUUUUGAAUUACUUGUUUUAAAAUAGUUUUAUACACUUGAUUACAAAAUAAACGGUCAAAUAUUUAUUUCCUUUACAUCCUUCCUUUAGUAUAUAAUUUAAAAAAUAACAUUAUUAAUAACUGCGUACUACCUGAUCGAUUGCAGUAUCUAGAAAACAAUUAAAAACGAAUAAUUAUUUCGCGUCGUAUUUAUAUGUUCUUACCCAAUAACAAUCUCAGAAACAUGGUACACAGCAGCAAUAGAGUGGGAAUUUAGGUAAUUUUUCUUUUGUAAUUUAUUCGCUUGUGGAAAGUACUAUUAACUUUGAAAUAUAUGGAAAAAUGUUAGUUUCCCUACCCGAUGGUUACUAGUAUAUAACAUUUCCGCAACCAGUGUGCCGCUCGGUACGCGGAAUAUAUGCUUGACAAUCCUGAAUAUUUUCUUUGUAUUUAUAAGCAAAAAUAUAUAUUUUUUGUGAUUGUAUAUAUAAAUAUAAACGACAGAAUGUGCCGUAUACCAAAAAGCAGUUUGUAUAUUUGCGUUUUGUCUGCAAUGUUUAUUUGUGGAAGCAACAACAUUCACUGUGCUUUGCGGAUUAUUUUUUUCAUUUGCACAACAACGGUCAAACGUUCUUAGAAUUGAAAAAUUUCGGACAAUAACAAAAUAGCUGAAGUCGUGAACAAAUUUUUUUUGAAAUCAAUAUGAAAAACAAAAGUUGU